AUGACCCAAGGCGAGCAGGGUACCCCGUUGCCCUACACUGCAUCACCAAUCAAGUUACUUUGGAGCGAUGUGGGCCUGUUCUUCUCAAAGAUAUGGGCUCUUCCUGGAAUACUGCUACCUCUAAAUUUAGGUCGCGCCCGUUCGUUGGAUGAGCUAUAUCCGUCGUUACGCAACGGAGCGAUUGUCAUGGUCCAUAUGUUUCUCGUGGUCUAUCAAGUGGCUUUCCUGCUCUCGCUACCAAUUAUGGGGUUCUGUCUGGUUCCAGGCAUGUUAAUACUGGCUUACACUGGUAUUGUUUUAGCCGUCAAUUAUGCGAUUGUCAUGUUGAUGUUAAAUGGCUUUCAGCGGGUCCUGGUAUCCCAAGUGCCCGUGGUCGAGCGGGCAGGCCAUGACCGGGAAUGUUGGCUGUAUAUAAAUGGAAUUGCAGCUGGUCGUCGGUGGGUGCAGAUGAAUGUUGAUCAACUGUCAUGGACCUUUGGCCGCAAAGUAACCGGUGUGCACAAUCGCACUGCAGGUAUUGUCUUUGAUCUGUUAGAAUGUCUGAUCCAACGGGACUUUGCGUACGCCACGGACGACAUACGAAGGUCUUAUGCCUUGGUCAAGAAAGCUCUCCUUGACCCAGAAUGUGACAAGGUGGUUCUGAUUCUUCACAGCCAAGGUGGGAUUGAGGGAGGUCUUAUUUUGGACUGGCUUUUAGAUGAAUUACCACACAACCUCCUCCGUCGCUUGGAAGUGUACACAUUUGGCAAUGCUGCCAAUCACUUCAAUAACCCCCGGUGGACAAAGCCAGCAAGAUCAGGGGCGGUCUCGACAUCUGAUCUUAUGAAUCAAUUUGGCCAAUCUAUCGGCCACAUCGAACAUUAUGCCAAUGCAGGGGAUAUCGUGGCCCUGGGAGGCGUGCUCCAUUUUGUGGACAUCCCAAACCGAUAUAUGGGCCGGCUCUUCGUCCGCCCGAGUUCGGGCCACCUGCUCAACAUGCAUUAUCUAGACAAUAUGUUUACAUUAGGGCCUGAUAGGAAGGCCCUUAACUCCAAUCCAUUUAUGGACAUGGAAGUCGAACCAUGGGCAAUGGCAGGUAUGAAUGGAUAUGAAGGCCCUCCGCAUCGAGUCAGGUAUAGUCCAACCAUAACCCGAGACGAGGCAUUCCUUCCUGCCAAACUGAGCCUGCAGCCCUCACAACCAAAUGGUAUCAACAGAGUGCUGCGCGUCAAAGACUUCAGUCGUCUUUGGCAGUAUAGAAAUGGUGGGUGUCCAAAACACACGGAAUAUACUGAUCAAUAA